AAAAUAAAUUAAAAUUUUUCACUAAAAUAAAUAUUUAAAAAGGUAUGUAUUUAUUUAACAGAAUCAACAGAUUAAGGUAUAUGUUAUCUAAUCCAGCUGGAUAAUUAUUUUUAGGAUCUAUUGGAAUAAUUACUGCUUACAAUACAUUUUAUCAUGUUACAAAAUAUUUUAAUCUGAACGAAUAGUGGAAAAAUGUAUAUAAAAAUCUGUCUAAUUAAGAACCUUAUUAUUUAUAAGGAGAAGAAGCAUUGAUUUAUCCAUGGUUAAUAGAUAAUAAUAUAAAAGACUGGGAAUUCAAAUAAGUAAGAAUAAGAGGUUAUUUUAAAGAUGAAAGAUUUUUCGUACGUAGAAAAAGAGAUGGAAAAGAAGGAUUUUUAGUUUUUGCUCCAUUCGUUACAGCUGUAAAAAGAUUAAAUCAUAGACCUUAAAUAAAAGAAGUGUUACCGGUAGAACAUGUUAUUUUUGUUAACAUAGGUUGGGUAGCACUUGAACAUUAAAAGAGUGUAGAAUUAGGAAGUGAAAUAGCACCAUAAUUAGAUCUUGAUGAAUCUUAAUUUUAUACUGAUUUUUAUACAUAAUUAAAUCCUAAUCCGGAAAAUCCUAAUGAAAAAGAAUAAAUAACAAUGACAGAAAUAUAAGGUAUUGUAAGAAAAGGAGAAACUGAAAAUUGGCUUACUGGAAGAAGAAAUUGGCCUUAAUAAAGUAUUUUUAAUUGGGUAGAUUUAGAUUUUAUGGCUAGAUUCUUCAGAGUUUUUAAUUUAGAUUCUGCUAAAGCUGCAUAUAUUGAAAGAGUUGUUUCUGAAUUAGAAGAAGAAAGCUAUCCUAUACCAUCUACUAAAGAAAACUUUGAUAAACCUUUAAUAACUCCUUAAUAUCAUUCUUAAUAAUUAAGCUUAAAUAUAGCAUUAUCUGUUUUAUCUUUUGCUUCCAUAUUAUUUUUGAAGCGUUGA